AUGUCUGUUUCCCCUGCUGGGCAGAACUCAGAGAAUGCGAACGGCACAAGCGCAUCUAGACCCCCGCCACACUGCCAGACCGCCGCUGCGUUCAUUAUCCUGGUUGUCAUCGUAAUCAUCGCAGUGACCAUCGUGGGGAAUGUGCUGGUCGUGGUGGCUGUUUUCACCAGCAGAGCGCUCCGGGCACCUCAGAACCUAUUUCUGGUUUCACUGGCGUCCGCAGAUAUCCUGGUGGCCACUUUGGUCAUUCCCUUCUCGCUUGCCAACGAAGUGAUGGGAUACUGGUACUUCGGGAGCACCUGGUGUGCUUUAUAUCUGGCCCUGGAUGUUCUAUUCUGUACUUCAUCCAUCGUCCACCUCUGUGCCAUUAGCCUGGACAGGUAUUGGUCUGUGACAAAAGCAGUGAGCUAUAACUUAAAGAGGACGCCCCGACGAAUCAAGGCAAUGAUCGGAGUGGUGUGGGUCAUAUCAGCAGUCAUCUCCUUUCCGCCUCUGGUUAUGACUAAACACGAUGAGCGGGAAUGUUUGAUCAAUGACGAGACCUGGUACAUUCUUUCUUCUUGCGUGGUGUCGUUCUUUGCGCCCUGCGUAAUAAUGAUUCUGGUGUAUUGUAAGAUAUACCGGGUGGCCAAGCAGCGCGCUGCGACCGUGUUCGUGGCCAGAAACGGGUUGGAGAGACAACCCUCGCAGUCUGAGACUUGUUUCGUGCGCAAGAACAAGUCGGACAUGGAGAGUCCGAGCAGUCACAGUUCAGGCAGCAACCAGCGACAGGAGGAACUGGACGACAUUGAUCUGGAGGAGAGCGUCCCCUCCGAUAACAAAAUUGGGAACUCUCGGUUCUCCAAGAGGAGUCAAACGGAGGGCUCUAACUACUGUGCCAAACGGUCCUGUCGCCUUUCCUGGGCUUCCAGUCGAGCUUCCCAACUAUUUCAGGAACAAAUGUCGAAACGGCAACAGUCCAUUUCUAGGACUAAAGUGGCACAGAUGAGGGAGAAGCGUUUCACUUUCGUGCUCGCGGUGGUGAUGGGAGUCUUCGUGCUCUGCUGGUUCCCGUUCUUUUUCUCUUAUAGCCUGCUCGCCAUAUGCAGGGAAAAUUGCAUAAUCCCAGACGCGCUAUUCAAACUUUUCUUUUGGAUUGGCUACUGUAACAGCUCAGUAAAUCCUAUUAUUUACACCAUUUUCAACAGGGAUUUUCGAAAAGCGUUCAAGAAAAUCCUGUGCAGGACGGAGAAACGCACAUGAAUUUGUUUUGUGCUUCGAUUUCUAUUCCUACUUAGUCGUGUCGGUGGCUAUUUACAUGAACCUAUACAAAUAAAUAGUUAUUUAUGACAUGUGACAUUUAGGUAUGUAAAUACGUUUGAAUUGAUAGGUAUUUAUAUGUAUGCGCAAUUCAUGGUUUGCACGCCCAUCUAAAACACGCGUCACCAAGCGUCGUUGAUAUUGAUUGGAAAAAUAUACACUUAGUCAGUGUUUAGUCUGGC